UCCAAAUCCACGCGACAACCACACAUCUUUUCGACGACGAGGAAUUUCAACCCACGAGCCCAUGAUGACCACGGUACGAGAAGGAGCUCGCAUGGCGAGCUCAUUGGGGCGGAGGCAUGUGCCUCUGAGGACAGGUUUAGUUUGUGUGCAGCGCUUUGCCUCGACCGAGACAAAGAAGUCCUCCGCUCUCGCAGAUCUCGACAAUGCUUCGUCUUUUGCGACAGGUUCUCCUGACGAUGCGGCUAUCCAGGCCUUCAAUUCUAGAGAAAAAGCUGCAGAGGCGGGGAAAAGGCUUCCCGGCAAUAGAUACCAAUACCAUCCUCCCAAGUACUACCGUGGGCCUCUACACCCCGUUCAGGUGCCCAAGUCCUCCGAUCCGACAGCUCGUGACUUCGUCCCCGGUCCUUUCAGCUUUCCUCGAUUAAAGCACACAUACGAAAGCACGAUUGCGCCAGAUCUGAUCGCUAUGACAUAUCAGCAUACCCCGCCAGGUUCAGAAGUUCCUGUUUCCAACAAGGGUAACUUGAGAGAAUGGGACGAGUCUUCGCCUUACCACAAGAACCGACCUCGCCGAGGACCUCGAGGUGGCGGCUCUUCAAGGCUAGGCUUAGUCGAGCGCCCAAUUGAAUGGCACAACGUACCUGAUAUCGAGGCUAUCACUAUCAACUCAUUCGCUCCCAUGGGCGCCCAGAACAAGGAGUACCUGCACGUGUGCCGUGCUGUUAUCCAAGCCAUCUCUGGUGCCUUCCCUGAGGUCACACGAGUCAAGCAUGGUGUCGUUCAGUGGGGUGUCAGAAAGGGUGACAAGACUGGCUGCAAAGUGACGCUUAAAGGUGCUCAAGCUUACGACUUCCUUGAUAAGCUCAUUACUCUGGUCCUGCCUAAGAUUAAGGACUGGCCUGGUAUUAAUGCUACUACUGGCGAUAGUGCAGGCAACCUGGCGUUCGGUAUGAAGCCUGACUGGAUGGCAUACUUUCCUGAAAUCGAGUUUAACUACGACAUGUACCCUGCACGACUGAUGCCUGGAUGCGAUAUAUUCAUCAAGACGACUGGUACAUCAGAUAGGCAAGGCCGUCUUCUUUUGGAGGCACUCGGCCUCCCCUUCUAUGGCAAAGCUAGGCACUAAAUUACGAUAGAAGGUGCCGUUGCAAGGCGUUGGAAACAAAUGUGAACUCUAAGUAGCUGAUAUGUAGCAUAGAUUAUGUACCAAGACGAAUGUAUCAUAAAUGAAUAUAUAAAAUCCAGGGCGUAUUGCCUAUACCAUUCUAUUUUAGUACCCUCCGGGUUGUCCAUCUCUCUUGACCACACGCCCUUUACUUCAGUCCAACGCCCCAACUCCGUCCCAAUGCAGCCGUUCGUUAUGAGUUGAUGUUUGAUCCCACAAAAGUUUCUCAAGCCUUGCCGAUCUUCUCGCGUAAUCCGUUGACCACCUCGUCGACAGCCUCCAUGCUUGUGGCAUCGACCUUGUCAGUCUUGUGGCCCCUCUUGGCCAAUUCAUCGGCAAAGAGGUCCAUCGCUGGUUGAUAGUUGCGCACCGCUGAGCUCAGCGCAUAUACGGCCUUGCGACGAACGUCGUUAUGCUCAUCCUCCUGGGUUGCUAGGUUUACAAGGAGUGGAAGCCCUCCCAUAGCGAGCAGACGCUCCUGGGUGCGCUCGUUAUUCUGUACAGCGGUUCCCACACACCAGGCUGCCAUUUUGCGCAUCUCUCGCUCGUCAUGCUUGAGCUGGUCGAGUAGUGGGGUCCACAGGCUGAGAUUUGCGAUAUUGUUUGCAUUGUCGAGACCCUCAAUAAGCUGCUCAAAGUUGUCAAAGGCGAUGAGUUUAUCGUCAAGAGAGACCUGCUCAGCAUCGUCCGAUGUGAUAAUGUCCAUAGAGGCCUUCAUAAGGUCGGCGUCAGAGGGACCGCCCAUGAGCGAUGCCAUGAGUUCUGGUGUGAGCUGUGUGGUGGGAGCUGGGGCAUCAGGGUCAUUUCUGGUGGCAUCUGAUUGCUCGAUACUCCAUUUGAGGAGUUCGUUGAGUCGCUUGUCAUCCAUGUUUACUUGUUUUUGAGCGCCUUUCUUGAUAUGUUGUUUGAGCUGAGUAUGUUGAAGGAGUAAGAACAAAAAACAUUAAUCCUU